AGCCUUACCACGACCAAAUUGAAAACCACAGCAGUUUUUGGCACGAUAUGUUUAUCGAUGUUUGUGGUAAAAAUCGAGCAUUUUUUUGUAUAAAAAGAUGAGUCUGUAAGCGAACUCAAAUCAUACAGUACUAUAUCGUUAGCCGAAGAAAUUAUUCAAUCAAAAUGGCUUCAAUUAACAAACUUUUGUUAAUUCCACUAAUUGUCCUGCUGAGCAAAUCUGUGUUUAGUGAACAAAAUUGCAAACAAGCCAUUGACGAAACUCCCAACAGUGCCCUCGGAUUCGAGCUAAUGGAAGAAAGAAUGGACAAACUACAAUUUAGUUUCCUGGAACUAUUCGUCCACGUGAAGGAGCUGGGUGAACUGAUCGUCAACAAUCAGCGUACAAUAGAGCAAAAUCUGCUGGAAACUCGACAAGAAUCCAGCAAUUUGAUGCAUGCUUUGGAGGCCAAACUAACUACAAAUGUUUCGCUUAUCACCAGCUAUUCCAAACAAAUAUUAGACUAUCAAACCAUUUGUACUAAUCACGAAGAGAUCAGAAACGAACUCUCCAAGUUGAAGCCAAAUGUGGCUCGUUACCGCAGUCGUCCAGCAGAAAAGGUCGAAGUAGAAACAGUAGAAAGCCAUUCUAGCCCGACAUCAAUACCAAAAUCAUGCCAAGAAGUAAACUCGACCACUUCUGGAGUGUUCAAACUGGCGGUAAUCAAUGAAAACGAGCCAUCCAACGUUCUAUGUGAACUACAGCAGUUCGGUGGUGGUUGGCUGGUGUUCCAGCACCGAUUCAACGGUUCCGUGUCCUUUUACCGAAACUGGACGGAUUACAAAAAUGGCUUUGGGGACGUCGGAGGGGAGUUUUGGCUAGGUUUGGAAAAGCUUCAUCAGCUCACCAGCGAGGGCCGAUGGGAAUUGGCCGUGGAGAUGAAAGAUUUCCAAGAUAGCUACAAGUACGCCCGCUAUACGGAAUUCGCGGUGGGUAGCGAGGCUGAAAAAUACGCGCUAACCAAGGUCGGGAUGUAUUCUGGUACUGCUGGAGAUUAUCUGAUCUACCACAAAGGAGGCAAAUUUUCCACAUAUGAUAGUGACAACGAUGCUAGCAGCGGUAUCUGUGCUAUAGUAAGUCAGGGGGCUUGGUGGUACAAAGAGUGUUAUCAAAGUAAUCUCAACGGUUUGCAUAAGAAAGUUGAAGAUUCAACUGCUAUAAAAUGGCUUAGCACAAAACCAUCCUUAAAAUAUACUCGAAUGAUGAUUCGAAAAACAUAGGUUUUAGCAAGUUAACACUUAAACGUUUUUCAAAUUUGUCUAUUUUUUUGUUUUAAUUUUUAAAGAAAAAAAUAGGGUUAGUAUAACUACCUAUGCGUUUGAGUUUUAAUUACAAUUCUAGAGUUUUUUUAAUAGGUCCUGUAAUAAACAUUAUAGGACCUUUUCCAAAAAAAAACUCUAGAAUUUCUGUAUUUCUUGCGGUCAAAAAAUAAAAUAAGGAUCAACAUAA